AUGGCCUUGCGAAGCAAAAUGCAUUCGCCAUGGGUGUGGACUACUGUGAGAAUCGGAAGCAUAUUUGUGGUAUUCGGCUGCCUUUUGGUGCUUGUUGAGAGUGCUUACGCGCCGACCGCAUUGGGGAUACAGUCGGAUGAUGCCGUUGCAAUUACUGCUAGUUUACAGCCGAUCUAUGAUGAUCUGUUGGUAGCUGGCUCUGAGAAGCAUGAGCACGAAGAUGAGAAAAAGGAAGAGGAAGAAGAAGCCGAAGAGGAAGAGGAGAAGGAGGAGUCGUGGGAGGAAAAAUCCGAAGAGGAGAAGCACAGUGAAAACAAAAAGAAAAAAGGUGAAAAGGGUAAGAAGGGACAUAAGGAGGAGGAACAUCAUGAGAAGGGUGAAAAGGGACAUCACGACAAGGAAGGCAAAAAGGGUGAAAAAGAAGAAGAGCAUGGGCAUGAGAAGAAACACAAAAAGGAUGAAGGCCAUCACAAGAAACACAAGAAAGGCAAGAAAAGCGAGAAAGGGCACGAAUUCGAAGAUCAUGGCUCGUAUAAGAAGGGACACUCAAUUAAGGGCAAGCAUCAUGUGCACAAGUUAAACGAAGACAAAAAGGAAAAGAAAUACUAUGACGAACACCACGAUGAAGGUGAGGAGGAGAAGCACGGUGGUUUUGAGGAGGUGAAGAAGCAUGAGAAGGGUGGCCAUCAUAAAAAAGGAGGUCACAAGAAGAGCGCACAUGAAGAUGAAUACGGAAAGAAGGGUCACAGUAAGAAGGGUCACAAGAAAAAGGGCCACAAGGGACACAAGAAAAAGAAAGAAGAGAAAAAGAAGUGGGGCGAAGAGCAAGAGGGCGGCAAAAAGAAAGGCAACGAGGAGAAAAAGAAGUGGAAAAAUUCGAAGAAGAAGGAGAGCAGCAGCAGUGACCACGGACACGAUUAG